UAGCCUAGCUGUUUCUAGACGAGACCAAAUUGUGUUGCACCGGGUGUAACCAGCGAGCUAACGUUAGGCUAGUUAGAUGUAGCUAGCUAGCUUUAGGUUCUUGUCGGUGUACGUAGCUGUAGAAUGAACACAAUACACCACAUUGUUGAGGGACACUAACGAAACUCGCUGGUGUCACUUUAUUUCAUCAACACACUGCUGUUGUCGUCGACGUCUUCUGUUUAGUUGUCUUGAUAAUUUGCUUUCCCGUGACAGUCGGUUAGCUAGUUAGCCUCUUCAGCUAGCUAGGUACAGUAGCGUAUGGGUGUCAAAGUUAGCUGUGACUUCACUUGGUGUCUGGUUGCCUGAUCUCACAUUUCGGACACGUCAAGGUUCCUCAAAUCCGUCUCUUGAUUUUGGGGGCUGUGAUGUCGGAGCCGAAGACCCCCGUUCCCACUCCUGCUGGCGACACAUACAAAGGAUGGGUGUUCAAGUGGACAAAUUACAUCAAGGGUUAUCAGCGGAGGUGGUUUGUCCUGAGUAAUGGGCUGCUGUCCUACUACAGGACCCAGGCAGAGAUGGGCCACACGUGUCGAGGCACAAUCAACCUGGCGACGGCAACCAUCACCGUGGAUGACGCCUGCAACUUUGUCAUCUCCAAUGGCGGAGCGCAGACGUAUCACUUGAAGGCCAGCUGUGAAGUGGAACGCCAGCGCUGGAUCACUGCCCUGGAACUGGCCAAAGCCAAGGCGGCCCGCAUGCAGGCUGAGUCAGAUGACUCAGGGGAUGAUUUUCCCUCGUCAUCCCCGCCCGCCGCACCCGGACAAGGUGGCGGUUCGCAGAAUUCCGAAGUGCAGUCUGCUCUCCGAACACUAGGCAGCAAGGUGGAGGAUCUCAGCACUUGCAACGACCUCAUUUCAAAGCAUGGCUCUGCCCUCCAGAGGUCUUUAUCAGAACUGGACAGUUUGCGUCUUACCGGAGAAGCUGGGGAUAAGAUCCGUCAGGUGACAGAGAGGGCCACGCUGUUCCGUAUCACCUCUAAUGCCAUGAUAAAUGCGUGCCGAGACUUCCUUGCGUUGGCUCAGGCUCACAGCAAGCGAUUGCAGAAGGCCCUUCAGGCAGAACGGGACCAGCGGGUUAGGCUGGAGGAGACUUUAGAGCAGCUGGCCAAGCAGCACAACCAGCUGGAGCGAGCCUUCAGAGGGGCUUCACAGUCUAAUGCUACUGCAGACAAUAAAAGUGCUUCUGGGCCGGGAAAAGGUGAGGGGAGCGAUGAAGACGACGACAACGAGUUCUUUGAUGCCAUGGAGGAGGCUCCUGAGUUUAUCACUGUCCCUGCAGACCCCCACUUUCACAAAAGGUCAAGCAGUAAUAUCAGCGGUUUCAACAGUGAAAUGUGUCCUGAUGAUCAAUCGCUCAACGAGGAGCCUCUAGCGAUGAACCAGGAAUCCCCCUCUCAGGAGUUGGUGCCGCUGAAGAAGCGGAGGACACGCAUUUCAGACAAACCCAACUAUUCUCUCAAUCUGUGGAGUAUCAUGAAGAACUGUAUCGGCAAAGAGCUGUCCAAAAUCCCAAUGCCUGUAAACUUCAACGAGCCCAUCUCCAUGCUGCAGCGGCUGUCGGAGGACCUGGAGUACCACGAGCUGCUGGACAAGGCCUCCAAGUGCCAGAGUUCCCUGGAGCAGAUGUGCUACGUGGCCGCCUUCUCCGUGUCCUCCUACUCCACCACCGUCCACCGCACGGGCAAACCCUUCAACCCCCUGCUGGGAGAGACGUACGAGCUGGACCGCCGGAGAGAGAGCGGCUACCGCUCCCUCUGCGAACAGGUGAGUCACCACCCCCCCGCGGCAGCGCACCAUGUGAUCUCGGAUCGCGGAUGGACUCUGAGGCAGGAAAUCACCGUUGCCAGCAAGUUCAGGGGAAAAUAUCUCUCCAUUAUGCCUUUAGGCACCAUUCACGCCAUCUUUGAGAAGGGCAACAAUCACUACACAUGGAAGAAAGUCACCACCACAGUGCACAACAUCAUCGUGGGGAAGCUGUGGAUCGAUCAGUCAGGAGAGAUAGACGUGGUGAACCACACCACAGGAGACCGCUGCCACCUGAAGUUUGCUCCCUACAGUUACUUCUCCAGAGAUGUGGCCAGAAAGGUGACAGGUGUAGUGAUGGACAAGGACGGCAAGGCCCACUACGUGCUGUCGGGCACGUGGGACGAGAAGAUGGAGUUUUCCCGGGUGAUGCAGAGCAGCCUCGGAGGAGAGAACGGCACCGAGGGCAAACAGAAGACGGUCUAUCAAACCCUGAAAGCCAGAGAGGUUUGGAGGAGGAACCCUCUACCUGAGGGAGCAGAUACCAUGUACUACUUUACCUCCUUGGCGCUGACCCUAAAUGAAUACGAGGAAGGCAUAUCGCCCACCGACAGCCGGCACCGGCCCGACCAGCGCCUGAUGGAGGAAGGCCGCUGGGACGAAGGCAACUCGGAGAAGCAGCGGCUGGAGGAGAAGCAGCGCAUCGUCCGGCGGGAGAGAGAGAGGGAAGCCGCCAGCCAACGCACUGCCAGCCAGUCAGAGGAAGCUGUCGAUGAGGACUCUCUAACUGAUCCGUCCUUAAAAAGCAAGUACUCCUUCACUAUUCAACCGACAACUCAUGCUUUAAUUCGGUUCCAAUCUCCUGUCUACCUUAUUGUCUUUUUUGGUGACACCAUUGUUUUGUCUUCUUUUUCCAGGCGCACCUCACGACAGCCACCUGGCACUUUGGUUCGACCGCUGUGAAGACCAGAUCACGGGGGAACAGGUCCACAUCUAUAAGGGAGGCUACUGGGAAGCCAAGGACCGCGGCAUCUGGGAGGGCUGUCCGGACAUAUAUUGACCUCAUCUUUGACUGGAAAGUGCCCCCCGAAGAGACUGACCCUUGGAAGCCGCCUAGUGCACGGCUACCACAAAAGGCCGGCUCUCCCCCCCCCCCGCUCCCCCCACCCCAACAAUUUGGACGGUUGCCUUCCUCCCGGUGGCUCUCUGUUCUAAGAGAUCUCCAGGUGAUCACUGCUGUCUGAUCCAGAGAAGAGAGCAGGGUUUCUCCUCUGGCCUCAUCCCAUUUCGGUUCCUGUACUCCCUUUUGUUGCUGUCACACAUAUGACAGGACUGGAAAGAAAUUAUUUGUGCUGCUCAGCAUAAAGGGGGGGGGGGGGGGGGCAGUGCUUCCAAAUCAUUAGUAGAUUCUUUUUUUUAGUCUCUCUGCUCAAGUCUCUCCCAGAUCAGGAGCAGAAGAGGGUUUUCGUGCUGAUCACACCCUGUGAGAUAAUGUAGUGUUCCCAUUCAAAAGCAUUGUGUGCUUUGGUAAUAACUCUUAAAAAAAAAAAAGGGGGGGGUAAGACCUGGUUAAUAUAUACAUUUAUAUAUGAUUCAAAUAAUUUGUCGACUGGUGGCCUUCAACACGUUAGCGAGGAUCUCUUGUUUCUCUCUCUGAUUUAGUGUCUUAAUGUAACUAACUGAAGGUUCUUGUGUGCGUGUGUGUGUGCGUGUGUGUGUGACUGCAUAUCUGCUCUUCCAUCACUUUACUAUUAACACUGCCACUGCGCAGUAUGCUGUUCAAAAGAAGGAAUGAUUGUCCGAAAUACCGGUUGAACCUCCACACUGUGUGUAUUAUAGUUAGAAGAGAUACUUUCUCAUUCACAAAGGCCUCAUGAAGAUGAUGGUGACAACUUUGAAGGCCAAAACACCCUUUCUCUUCGCCUUAGAUACGAGCGACCUGCUCUCACAUCACACCCGAGUGAUCAUGAUGCUGACAUUUGUAGCUGGUUUCUCAUACAAACAUUUCAAACGUUGAAGAAGUAGUCGUGAAAAGACUAUAGAGCUGCAAAAUCGCUUGUUUCAGUGGUGAAAAAAUGUCAUUAGUGCAGUUUUUUUCCAACAAAAUGAUCCAAGUGUGCGGCAGUAAACAUGUUUUUGGGAUACGUAGUGUGCUUUUUUGUUAAGAGGAACACAACAAAAUGAGAAAAAACAAUUAUGAGUCAAUGCAGUGGUUAAAAGAAACCGCUGUUAAUCUGCUGAAGAGUUCAUACAUAUGCAAAGUACAUUUUGACACCAAAAACAUGGGGUAUAAUGUGAGCGUGCGCGUGUGUGUGGAUUUCAUAAUUUCGUUUGGAAGUGUACUUAAAAAUGAAGAAUAAAGAAACAAAGAAUUUAAAAGCAUUGCAAAUAACUAUGAUUUUAUAAAUGUAUAGAAAUUCAUAUAGUAUUGAUAACUGUAAAGUAGGUUUUUUUUCUUGUUUUUAUUCAGUCCCUCAUAAUAUUGUAAGAGGACUGUCUUCGUUUUCAGAAAAAAAAGGGAGUUUCCAUACUUGACUGAGAGGGAAGACAUGACAUUGCUCAGUACUUUGUGUUAAAGAAAAAAUAAUCUGUAAUAUCAAAUGCUGUGAUGUCUAAAAAAAGAAGCUUUUCAUACUGUUCUCUAAUACCAUUUGUUACAUUUCCAUUAACUAAGUAACACAAUUAUUGCCAAAUCAAUUAUUUGGGAAUUUCUGCCCUCAUGUUUAGUAGGUGCUCCAGAUGGGAUGACAUAAUGUUGUCAAUAAAACAAUAAAAACCCAAAUGAAAACA